AUGGUCAGUAAACGUAUCGGCAAGUCGACCCUGUCAACACCUCUUCAACACGAGCCUACGGUCGCCAUCGAGAGCAUCACGGCCGACAUCGAGGAGAACGGCGUCCGCCUGCGCCUCACCGUCGUCGACACGCCCGGCUACGGCGACUUUAUCAACAACUCGGACGGCUGGAAGCCCAUCCUCGACAACAUCGAGGCCCGCUUCGACUCGUACCUCGAGCAGGAGAACCGCGUAAACCGCAACAAGACGGUCGACAACCGCAUCCACGCCUGCCUGUACUUUAUCGAGCCCACCGGCCACUCGCUCAAGCCCGUCGACCUCGAGUUCAUGCGCCGCCUCCACACGCGCGUCAACCUCAUCCCCGUCAUCGCAAAGGCCGACACCUUGACCGACGACGAGGUCGCCCAGUUCAAGGCCCGCAUCCUCAGCGACCUCGCCCACCACCGCAUCGACAUCUACCAGGCCCCGCAGUACGACCAGGAGGACGAGGAGACGCUCGCAGAGAACGAGGAGAUUGUCCGCAAGAUCCCGUUCGCCGUCGUCGGGUCCGACACGGUCGUCGCCACGUCCGACGGGCGCCAGGCCCGUGGGCGCGCCUACCCGUGGGGCACGAUCGAGGUCGACAACGAGGACCACUGCGACUUUGUCAAGCUGCGCCAGAUGCUCGUCCGCACCCACAUGGAGGAGCUCAAGGAGCACACCAACGACGUACUCUACGAGCAGUACCGCGCAGAGAAGCUGCUCGCCAUGGGCGUCGCACAGGACCACUCGGUCUUCAAGGAGGUCAACCCUGCCGCCAAGAUGGCCGAGGAGCGCGCCUUGCACGAGUCCAAGCUGGCCAAGAUGGAGCUCGAGAUGAAGAUGGUGUUCCAGCAGAAGGUCAACGAGAAGGAGGCCAAGCUUAAGCAGAGCGAGGAGGAGCUGUACGCGCGCCACCGCGAGAUGAAGGAGGCGCUCGAGAAGCAGCGCGUCGAGCUCGAGGACAAGAAGCGCCGGAUCGAGCAGGGUCGACCGCUUACGCCCGAGAAGCAGCAGCAGCAGCAGUCGACGAAGAAGAAGGGCUUCUUGCGGGCGUGAACGUCGACGACCGCCGUCGCCCUUCUUCCCUCUCGCACCUCGCCCUGUCCGCCCCGGUCCGCCUUGCACGACCUUCACGACCUUCUUCUCGACUGUCUACGUCCCUCUCGCCGACCCAGAUACCUCGCCGUCUCCUCCUCGCACGCCCUGUCCCUUCCUUCCGACCCCUCGCAGCCUCUCACCCUCGUCGAUUCCCCCUCCCUCGUCCUCCUCAGUUGUCCCACUCUCUCUCCCCUCCUUCCCUUUCUCGCUCUCACUCGAUGCAGUACCAUACCACCCCCUUUCGAGGACGC